AUGAACACAACACAAAGGGCCCGCGCGAGCCAAUUACCAGACAUUGCGCGACUAUGCCUGCGUUCAGUGCAUGGAGGAAAGAGGCCCCCAAAUGCCAUGGCCUUUCAGGGGCCUGAGGGCCAUGGCGAGAACAUUUGGGUGUUUGCCCAUCGCAGAACCGACCAAAUAAUUUACAGCUUCAAUGCUACGCUGGAGACGAAACCCGCCAAGCUGCGAAAGGACUAUUGGGCGCCGAUGGCCAAGAUUGCGUUUCCCAAGGGCGCCGGCCGCAUUGGCAGCACGGUAUUCCAGAAGCUGCGCGAGCUCAAGCACCUGCACGAAACGGCAUGGGACGACAGCCUGCUCUACAAAAAGCCGAUUGAGUAUACCGAAGACGAAAAGAAAGCGGCCGCUAAGCGUGCCGCCGGGAAUGAGCCGGAACCUCUUUUUACGCGCAACAAAGCUGAGCGCGGCAAGGCCCUCAACGCACAAAAAGCAAACUCGAUCGCAGACAUUGCAGCCGUCCUGGGCGGUACUGGGCCUGGCAACAAGGUCGUGGCUGCGGGACCCGGUCCCAAGAAACUCGUGGAGGUUACAGUCAGCUGGGCCAGCAUUCUGGAUGCAGGGUACGCGAAGAAGUGGACGCAUAAUGUCACCCACACCGAGUUGGUUGAACCCAUUCCGGAGACGGCCCUUCCAGCCGAGGCGGAAGCGGCUGCGUGA